CGGCUGCUGUGGAUCGGCCUGCAGCGGCAGGCGCGCCAGUGCCAGCCGCAGCGACCCCUGCGCGGCUUCACCUGGACCACGGGAGACCAGGACACGGCUUUCACCAACUGGGCCUUGCCAGCCACGAGCGGGCCCUGCCCGGCCCAGCGCUGCGCCGCCCUGGAGGCGAGUGGCGACCACCGCUGGCUCGAGGGCUCGUGCACGGUGGCCGUCGACGGCUACCUGUGCCAAUUCGGCUUCGAGGGCGCCUGCCCCGCGUUGCCAGAGGAGGCAGGCCAGGUGGGCCCCGCGGUCUACACCACGCCCUUCCACCUGGUCUCCACCGACUUUGAGUGGCUGCCCUUUGGUUCCGUGGCCGCGGUGCAGUGCCAGGCCGGCAGAGGGGCCUCUCUGCUCUGUGUGAAGCAGCCCGAGGGCGGCGUGGGCUGGUCCCGGGCUGGACCCGUGUGCCCAGGGACUGGCUGUGGCCCGGACAACGGGGGCUGUGAGCAUGAGUGUGUGGAAGUGGAUGGACGAACAUCUUGCCGGUGCUCUGAGGGCUUCCAGCUGGCGGCGGAUGGACACAGCUGCGAGGACCCGUGCGCCCAGGCCCCUUGUGAGCAGCAGUGUGAGCCCGGCGGGCCACAGGGCUACAGCUGCCACUGUCGUCUGGGAUUCCGACCGGCCGAGGACGAGCCACACCGCUGUGUGGACACGGAUGAGUGCCAGAUUGCUGGAGUGUGCCAGCAGAUGUGUGUCAACUACGUUGGUGGCUUUGAGUGCUACUGCAGUGAGGGCCACGAACUGGAGGCCGACGGGAUCAGCUGCAGCCCCGCGGGGGCCCUGGGCGCCAGGGCUUCCCAGGACCUUGCAGACGAGUUGCUGGAUGAAGAGGAGGAGGAGGAGGAUGAAGACUGGGAGGCCUUCGAUGGCGGCUGGACCGAGGUACCAGGGAUGCCCUGGAUGGAGCCCACGCAGCUGACUGACUUCGGCCUGGCCUACAGGCCCAGCUUCCCGGAGGCCCAAGAGCCACAGAGGCCCUACCCGGAGCCGACCUGGCCGCCCCCACUCAGUGUCCCCCGCGUCCCCCACCACUCCACAGUGCUCUCCGUCACCCGGCCCAUGGUGAUCUCUGCCACGCGCCCCACACUGCCUUCUGCCCACCAGCCCCCCAUUAAUUCCGCCACAGGUCCACGCCUGGUUCCCUCCCAUCGGCUCCCCGUGAUCCCUGCCACGAAGUCAGCUUUGCCCCCUGACUAUCAGUUCCCUGGAUUCUCAGCCAACUAUCCAGACCUGCCCUCUGUCCGCCAGCCCCCCGUUAUUUCUGCCACUCACCCAGCAUGGCCCCCAGCCCCCCAACCCCCAGUUAUCUCAGCCGAACAUCCUGAACUAGUCUCUGCCCACCAGUACCCCAUGGCCCACGACACCCAGCUCACUGAGGCCCCGACCACCACUCAUCUGACAGGCAUUCCAGCUAACCACGCCCCACUGGUCACCACCCCCAGUGCCGAUCAACCCCCUCAAGCCCCAGAUAUCCUCCCAGCCCAGACCACCCAGCGUCCCAUUGUCCCAGCUGCCCCGCCCCCUCUGACUACCACUCCUGGGUCCUCUAGGCCCCCUUUCCAUCCAGUCCCUGCUGCCACCACCCAGCAUCCAGCUCUCCUUCCUCCUCUCUCCCCUCAAAGCCGCACUAACCAGACCUCACCCACCAGCCCUACACACUCCCAUUCCAGAGUCCCCCAAGUCCCAAGGGAUGGCGCCCCUGACCCCAAGCCGGCCCCAUGGCAGCCCUCAGUGGCCCCCACAGCAGCCCCAACAGCCCUGGAGGAGGCCAGUCUGGCAGGUCAAAGCCCAAGGGAUGACCGGUGGCUGCUGGUGGCACUGCUGGUGCCAACGUGUGUCUUCUUGGUGGUUCUACUUGCUCUGGGCAUCGUGUACUGCACCCGUUGUGGCCCGCAUGCGCCAAACAAGCGUGUCACCGACUGCUAUCGCUGGGUCACCCACGCUUCGGGCAAAAACUCGAUGGAACCUUCGGCCCCCCGGGGCAGCCUCACAGGAGUGCAGACCUGCAGAACCAGCGUGUGA